AAAGUUGUUGAGUAGAAACAGUGUGACAUCAAAGCUUGAAUGUGAGAAGCAACGCUUGUACCUAACUAACAUUACAAAACUGAAUCAUAAGCUAAUUGUGCAAAAAAAUGCCUUACGCUAACCAACCAUCAGUUACAAUCUCGGAGCUAACCGACGAAAAUGUAAAAUUCAUCGUUGAAGACACAGAAUUAAGUGUGGCCAAUAGUUUACGGCGAGUAUUUAUUGCGGAAACGCCGACGCUUGCGAUCGAUUGGGUGCAGCUGGAGUCUAAUACAACUGUUCUAGCCGAUGAAUUUCUUGCUCAUCGCGUUGGGUUAAUACCGCUCAUUUCAGAUGAAGUGGUAGAUCGUAUGCAAUACAGCCGUGAUUGUCCGUGCUUGGACUUCUGUAACGAGUGCAGUGUGGAAUUCACUUUGGACGUAAAAUGCAACGAGGAGCACACUCGACAUGUUACAACAGCUGAUCUGAAAUCAAGUGACCCUAGGGUAUUGCCAGUUACAUCCAGACAUAGAGACGAUGAAGACAACGAAUACGGAGAAGGAACGGAUGAAAUACUUAUCAUUAAGCUUCGCAAAGGACAGGAGUUAAAGCUAAAAGCUUAUGCCAAAAAAGGCUUCGGGAAAGAACAUGCGAAAUGGAAUCCUACAUGUGGUGUUAGCUUUGAAUACGAUCCAGAUAAUGCAAUGAGACAUACUCUAUACCCAAAACCUGAUGAAUGGCCGAAAUCAGAACAUACCGAAUUGGACGAUGACAAAUACGAAGCUGACUAUAACUGGGAGUUGAAGCCAAACAAAUUCUUCUUUAAUGUCGAGUCUUCUGGUGCCCUCAAACCAGAAAAUAUUGUGCUGAUGGGAGUUCAAGUUUUGAAAAACAAGUUGUCAAAUUUGCAGACUCAAUUAAGCCAUGAGACAGACGUUUUGGCUAUUUGAAUCGUAGACGAUUUCAUGCUAUAUAGAAUAAUUUAAUAAAAUAAGCUAUGUUACAAACAUUACAAU